AUCGCACGUCCAUCAUCGAAUGCUGCAGUCACGGCCAGAAUCCUCUUGUACCAUUCGCGAUGCUAGAUAUUACUGGAACGAUGUGAUAUUUCAGGUUGAAAACCGCCUCUUUAAAAUACCUUCACAUUAUCUCGUGCAGCACUCUGAGAUAUUCGCCGAUACAUUUGGCCUACCCCAGGGAACUCAAGGUCCCGAGGGGAUCAGUGACGAGAACCCCGUAGUGUUGCAUGGAAUCACUGCCCUCGAUUUUGAGCAUCUGCUUGAGAUCGUAUACCCUCAAAAGAUUCCGCAGGACUACUCUGCAUUUAACAAAGACAAGUGGAUUUCGGUCCUAAAGUUGUCUACAAUGUGGCAACUUUCCGACAUUCGCCAACUCGCAAUCGAGUACCUCCAACAAGAUGCGAAACUGGACCCCGUAGAACGGGUAGUCCUCGCGAAAUCCUACUCCAUUUCACCAUGGCUUCGCACCGGCUAUCUCAGCCUUGUGAAACGUGUACAGUCGCUAUCAGCAGAAGAAGCUGAACAGAUCGGGUUCAAAUCAGCCAUACAGAUCUAUCAGUUGCGCGAGGAUGCGUUGGUAAAGCAGGCCGGAAACAGGGGAUAUGUGAAGUAUAAUGGGACAUUAACGGAUCAUGAUGUCCAGGCAGCGUUUGACAAGGUUUUCCAGGAGGAGUUCAGGCUCGCUGACGCCGCAAGCCAAAGAUAUCUUGACGCCUGAAAUCGGUGCUUUUAGAUUCUUGCCCUGGCCUAGAUGUCAAGCAUUACAAUUUCUUGAUUUACGUUAACUUCGAGUGUAUGCUUUGCU